AUGGCUGCUCACCUCACUCUGGGGCCUCCAAGACCGUCACCCCCCCCAACCCCCCCACCGCCCCCACCGCCCCCACCGCCACCACCCCCACCCCCACCGCCACCACCCCCGCCCCCACUCCCCCCACCGCCCCCACCACCAGCCCCACCACCCCCCACCGCCCCCACCACCGGCCCCCACCACCCCCCACCGCCCCCACCACCGCCCCCACCGCCCCCCACCGCCCCCACCACCGGCCCCCAUUGCCCCCCACCGCCCCCCACUGCUCCCACCCGCCACCACCCCCCACCACCGGCCCCCAUUGCCCCCCCACCGCCCCCCACUGCUCCCACCCCGCCACCACCCCCACCACCGGCCCCAUCGCCCCCCACCGGCCCCCACCACCCCCAACCCCCACCACCGCCCCCCACACCGCCCCCACCGCCCCCCACCGGCCCCCACCACCCCCAACCGCCACCACCGCCCCCCCACCGUCCCCCACCGCCCCCCACCGGCCCCCACCACCCCCAACCCCCACCACCGCCCCCACCCACCGGCCCCCCGCCACCACCGCCCCCACCACCGGCCCCCAUCGCCCCAACAGGCCCCCACCACCCCCAACCCCCACCACCGCCCCCACCACCGGCCCCCCCCCCACCACCGCCCCCACCACCGGCCCCAUCGCCCCCAACAGGCCCCCACCACCCCCAACCCCCCCCACCGCCCCCCACCGCUCCCACCCCCCCACCACCCCCCCCCCCACCGCCCCCCACUGCUCCCACCCCCCCACCGCCCCCACCACCGGCCCCCAUCGCCCCCCACCGCCCCCAACCCCCCCACCCCCCCCCACCGCCCCCACCACCGGCCCCAUCGCCCCCACCGCCACCACCCCCGCCCCCACCCGCACCGGCCCCCCCCCCCAACCCCCCACCGCCCCCACCGCCCCCACCGCCACCACCCCCGCCCCCACCCGCACCGGCCCCCAUCGCCCCCCACCCCCCCCCACCGCUCCCACCCCCCCCACCGCUCCCACCCCCCCCACCACCCCCCACCGCCCCCACCACCGGCCCCCAUCGCCCCCCACCCCCCCCAUCGCUCCCACCCCCACCACCGGCCCCCAUCGCCCCCACCGCCCCCAACCCCCCACCGCCCCCACCACCGGCCCCCAUCGCCCGCCACCGCCCCCACCCCCCCACCGCCCCCCACUCCCCCCACCGCCCCCCACCGCCCCCACCCCCCCCACCACCACCGCCACCCCCCAACCCCCCACCGCCCCCACCGCCCCCACCGCCACCACCCCCGCCCCCACCCGCACCGGCCCCCAUCGCCCCCCACCCGCCCCCACCGCCCCCACCCCCCCACCGCCCCCACCCACCCCACCGCCCCCCACCGCUCCCACCCCCCCCCCCACCGCCCCCACCACCGGCCCCCCCCCCACCGCCCCCACCGCCCCCACCGCCACCACCCCCGCCCCCACCCGCACCGGCCCCCAUCGCCCCCCCACCGCCCCCACCACCGGCCCCAUCGCCCCCACCGCCCCCACCCCCCCCACCGCCCCCACCCCCCCUCCCACCCCCCCACGGCCCCCCACCCCCCUCCCACCCCCCUAUCGGCCCCCAUCGCCCCCCACCGCCCCCACCACCGGCCCCCAUCGCCCCCCACCCCCCCACCCCCCCACCGCCCCCACCACCGGCCCCCAUCCCCCCACCCCCCCACCCCCCCCACCGCCCCCCACCGCCCCCACCCCCCCCACCCCCCCCACCGCCCCCCACCGCCCCCACCCCCCCCACCGCCCCCCACUGCCCCCACCACCCCCCACCGGCCCCCACCACCCCCAACCCCCACCACCGGCCCCCACCGCCCCCACCCCCACCCCACCGGCCCCCACCGGCCCCACCCCCCGCCCAAGAGAGCUCCAGGAACCAGGAGGUGAAGGCUGAGGUCUAUGCCCCAUGUCCACAGGUCAGAGAAAAGAGGAGGUCCAGGCAGUGCCAGGAGUCAAGCCAAUCUGAAGACUAUGGCCUCAGCAGGCAAGAAGAAGUACCAAGCACCUCGCAUGACCAGGAAGACACCAAGUCCUCGCUCCCAUGCACUACAGCUGCAGAGUACCUGCAGCUGGUCUUUGGUUUGGAGGUAAAGGAGGUGGACCCCAGUGAGCACACCUAUAUCCUGGUCCCCACCCUGGGCCUCACCCUCAACGAGAUGCUGAGGGAUGGGCAGGGGUUGCCCAAACCCAGCUUCCUGGUGGUGAUCUUGUGCCUGAUUGCUGUGGAGGACGACCGUGCUCCUGAGGAGAUAUGGAGAACACUCGGGAGGAUGGAGGUGUGUCCCCGGAGGGAGCACUACAUCUUUGGGGAGCCCAGGGAGCUGCUGACACAAGUUUGGGUGCAGGAGGGGUACCUGGAGUACCAGCAGGUGCCUGAUGGCGACCCUGGUUGCUAUGAGUUCCUGUGGGGUCCCUGA